AUACAAAAAGUCGGUGUAUCAAGUAAAUAUGGCACAUUUGGGAAUUCGACCUUGGAAAUCCGAGUAAUUAAACAAGAGGAAUCUGAUUGGGAAGACACAACUCCAAAUGAUGGAUUGGAAGAAUUUGAUCGUACGGACAAAAAGGAUUGUUAUAUAAUAAUACGCGGGCGCAAUACUAUUGUAAAUUUUAUUCGCGAUGUUAUGGCCAAAAGUCAUAAAGCAAUUCAUAGCGUGCAAUUUGUCAAUGAAACUAAUAUGAAGCCGAUGACUGAUGAAGCUAACGUUGAAAUUGAUUUCAAAUUUUCACGCGAUCAAAAAUUAACUCAUAAAGAUCUAAAUAAGCUUCCUCAUUAUAUUGCAGUAAUUAAAGAAGUCCAGCUAAUAAUAGAUUUUAGUUGCCGUAUGAAUAUCAAAGAAGAAAAUUUAAAUGGUUCACCAUUCUCAACAUUUUAUACAUCAAAUAAGGCAUAA